UUGAAAGCUGAAAAAAAAAAUGAAUUGGGGAUUUUAUUAUAAAUCAUGAUUCUAGGAGUGUGUGAAGUUGAUCGCAUUAUCUAGAUGAAGGCUCAAUUUUUAGUAAAUACAAUGUGUUACAGAUUCUUCUAAAUCUGGAAUUUUAUAAUUGGUCCACUUGAGAAGAACUUUCUAAUGAACGAGAACUGGAAUCUGAGAUUCUAAUGAAUGUUUUGUUAUGUUAGUUCAGAAACUGCGUCAUCAAGAUUCUUAGAAAGUAGUUUGUGCCUUGAUUUGCAUUUCAAAUUGUAAAUCCUUUUGAACUUAGGUUAAGGUCUCAAAUUCGAGUCCUACUGAACAUAUUCCUAGCUUUAGUUCCUUGAUUCUAUGAUAUUCUAAAUCCUUAUUAAUAAAAUCAAAUGUUUUCCUAUGAUUGACAUAAGAUAGACUGUGGUUUCUUUGGUUUUAUUCUUCAGAUAUGUGAGUAAUUGGAAUGAAAUACAAUUUGGUUUUCUGGGAAAAUGAUGCUUGCAAAGUUUUCUAGGGGUGGCAAUCAAUACCUCAUUGAAUACUGGAACAGAGCUGUCUACAGGAAGGUUGGUGUAUCUUUUUAUUCCGGGGGAAUAGAUUUAGCAUCGGAGUUAGCGUGUGUAGUUGACGAAUCAUCUUCCAACUCGAAACAAAAAAGACCAAGAGCAACAACCCGAUUGGAGCACAAGAAAUUUCUUGAACUCAGUGUAAAGAAGAAGGUGAAAGAGCAAUAUCAAAACGGGAAGUUUCAAAAUCUCUUGCAAAGAGUGAUCGCCAAUCCAAAAACUCUCGAAGAUGCUUAUAACUGCAUCAAAACGAAUGGAAACGUUGAAUCAUCACCGGAGGGAGAUAAAAUGCCUUAUGAUUCCCUUGCAAAUGAGCUCUUUUCAGGUACGUUUGAUGUCAAGGCUAACGUUUACUCAAUUUCAUCAAGGGGUAAUAAAAAAGAUAAAGAACUGCUUGUCCUCCCUAAUCUCAAACUUAAAGUUGUGAAAGAAGCCAUUCGCAUAGCCUUGGAAACAGUUUACAAGCCCCAUUUCUCCAAGAUCUCGUAUGGAUGCAGAAGUGGAAGAGGGCAUUCCAAUGCUAUAAAAUACAUCUGCAGCAAAGAAAUUUCUAGUCCAGACUGGUGGUUUACAUUGCUUGUCAACAAAAAACUUGAUGCUUCUAUCCUUUCUAAGCUCAUUUCUUCCAUGGAAGAUAAGAUAGAAGAUCCCAAAUUAUAUUCUCUUCUACGGGACAUGUUUGAUGCCCAAGUGCUGAAUCUCGAGUUCGGUUCUUAUCCAAAAGGACACGGUCUUCCUCAAGAGGGAAUCUUAUCCCCAAUCUUGAUGAACAUAUACCUCGAUAUGUUCGACAAGGAAUUCUACAAGUUGUCAAUGAAAUACGAAGCUCUUGACGAGAAUAUCGAAUCAGAGAGCUAUCACUCCAAGCUAAGGAGUUGGUUCCGAGGACAGAUUAAAGAAAAGAGUGUCUUAAAUGAAACUUGUGGCGUAAGAGUAAGAGUAAGAGUACAUUGUUGUCGUUUCAUGGACGAAAUAUUCUUUGCUGCUUCUGGGCCGAGACAUGUUGCUCUUGCUUUCAAAUCCGAAGUACAAAACUACUUGCAGAGUGUUCUGUUUCUGGAUGUGGAUCAGAACGAGAUAUCGACUUGCAAUAAGGAGAGCCUUCGUUUUCUAGGAAUCCUAAUCGAAAGGAGAGUGAAGGAAACAGCUGCUGUGAGGGCUGUUCACAAGUUGAAAGAAAAGGUUAAGUUGUUCGCCGAGCAGAAACAGGAGUAUUGGGAAGUGGGGACCGCUAGGAUCGGGAAGAAAUGGCUGGCUCACGGGCUAAAGAAGGUUAAAGAAUCGGAGAUCAAGCAUUUGGAAGAUAGAGAUUCGGUUUUGAGUCGGAUCUCAUGUAGUUAUCGGAAAACCGGGAUGGAAACUGAUCAUUGGUAUAAAGCCUUGGUGAAGACAUGGAUGAUGAAAGAGUUGGUCAAUGUUAGAUUGGCUUCGAAUGAAGAAUUCGUCCUGUCUAAGUUCGUCGUAGAACCGUCACUUCCUAAAGAAUUACGAGAUUCCUUUCAUGAAUUUCAGAAUCGCGUUGACGAGUAUUUUUCAUCCGAAACAGCUUCGACUGCUUCUCUAUUGCCAAAUUCAUGCGAAGCCGUCAGCUCGAAGACAGAGGCGGUUGCUCCUGUUAAUGUUAUAAGAAAACGUCUUCAACGGUAUGGUUUGAUAAACGCAAAAGGAUUCCCAUGUGCAUCCAGAUUCCUUAUAUUACAAGAUAAUACUCAAAUAAUUGACUGGUUUUCAGGAGUAAUUAUCAGGUGGCUAAGGUGGUAUAGGGACUGCAGUAAUUUCAACGAUGUAAAGGUUAUUAUUUGUGAUCAGGUUAGGAAAUCUUGCAUUAGAACACUGGCGGCUAAGCAUAGGAUCGAUGAACAUGAAAUAGAGAAACUUUUUGAUUCGGAAUUGAGUAGAAUUCCUUUGUCGGAAGAAGAGAUGGAAAACGAUAUAGGAGAGGAGAAUAACGAGGAGUUAAUGUAUGGGUUAUCAAAUAGCGGGUUGUGUUUGUUAUCAUUGGCGAGAAUGGUUAAUCCGACGAGGCCAUGCAACUGCUUCGUGUUUGGAUGCUCGGAAGCAGCACCGAGCGUUUACUUACUGCAUGUGAUGGAGAGGCAGAAGUUUCCGGGUUGGAAGACUGGUUUUUCGAGCUGUAUUCAUCCAAGCUUAAAUAAAAGAAAAUUUGGGCUGUGUAGGAAACACUUGAAAGAUCUUUACUUUGGUCAUAUUUCACUUCAAUCUAUCAAUUUUGGUUCUUGGUGAUCAAUUUUUUCUUGAAUGCCACCAACAAAUGGCGAAAACUUAUUGUUGGGUUGGAUAUAUGAAAGCCGAUGUUAUAAGAUUUUGACAAGGCGGCCGAGAUAAUUGUCUUCGGUUUUUGGUUUGGUUCAAGGCGAUUGCAGACAUUGCCGAGGUAUAGUGGUUGGAUUUACUUCAAAAAUAGGUGUAUCACAGACUGGGGAUUGAGAUCUUAACUGGUUUUUUAGGGAUAAAACAAUUUUUGUAGACUCAUAUCUCCCGCAAAGAUUGAAGUUCAAGGUGGUUGAGGGCCAUUGGGCAUUAGUUCAAUUUUGAAACAUCUUAAAUUGAAUUUGAGAGCUAUGACUUUAGGAUUGUGUUAGUUCUUAAAUUCCAAAAAAAAAUGGUUGUUUUAUGUUAGAUUUAUUGGUUGUAAUUUUGUAUUAUAACUUG